CUAACCAGAGUGUUGUCUAUCUUCAUACUACUGCUGCGUUUCUUUUUCUUUUCUUUGUAUUUCUUCUUUUGGCACGGUGGAUAUGAGACUUCAACAUCUGAGCGCCCACUCGCUUCACUAAUGGGAGAUUACCAAGUGGCAGUGUGAGAGGAGGACGAUUUGCACAGAUAACCUGGAAGAAUAAAAAAACACCCAUAGCGGAUCUGUAACGAAUUUUUUUUUUCGUUUUUUUUCCUACUAUCUUUUAAUUGUUUGUAUCUUUUAAAAUUAUAUAUUUUUAACAGACUGAAAGGAGAACCCCCCCCCCCCCCCCCCCCUCAUCAUCACAGUUCAGAGGUCAAAAGCAGCGGACCGCGAAGGAGAGAGGGAGGGAGACUAUACUUUGUUUGCUUCUAUAUAUUUUUAAAAUUUUUCUAUUUAGUUAUUUUUUUUGCAAAGUUUUCUCUACUUUUGCAUUGCUUGGACUGGUGCAACUCGGCAGCUGAAGGAAUGACCCCUCUCGCUGUCUGGUCCCUCCUCUGGUUCUGUGGACGCCAGAACAGACCAGCUGUGGUGUCCUGUCCCCAGGAGGAGGGGGCCCGUCACUGAUGCCUAUUUCUGACACCGUCCACCGACAAACCUCCCGUUUAGUUCCAGAUAAAGUCGCCUGCAAACAACGUGACCCCGUCAAUCUGCGGACGCUCCUUUUCUUAUAAUUUCUCGAGAAGAAAAAAAAAAAAGUUGAAAUCUUUGGGGGCCCGGUAGAACCUGCUUCCUUCUAUAUCACGGAGGUCACGUUCUGCCGCCUUAAGCGGGCCGUCCGGUGGCAUUUGAGGUCCUCUCAUAUAUCGUACACUGGAGGGGCCCUGCAGCCCCAUCUUUCCGAUGGAGAUUCACUGUAAGCACGACCCGUUCGCGGCAAUGCACAGACACGGUGGGGUGAACCAGCUUGGAGGCGUGUUUGUAAACGGCAGGCCCCUCCCAGAUGUGGUGCGACAGCGAAUAGUAGAACUCGCCCACCAAGGGGUCCGGCCCUGCGACAUCUCGCGCCAGCUGCGAGUCAGCCACGGGUGUGUCAGCAAGAUACUGGGCAGGUACUAUGAAACGGGCAGUAUCCGCCCCGGGGUAAUCGGGGGAUCCAAACCAAAGGUUGCUACACCCAAAGUGGUCGACAAGAUUGCGGAUUACAAACGCCAAAACCCCACCAUGUUUGCCUGGGAGAUCCGGGACAGGCUCCUGGCCGAGAGAGUGUGUGACAACGACAGCGUCCCCAGCGUCAGCUCCAUCAACAGGAUCAUUCGGACUAAGGUUCAGCAGCCCGGCCAAACGGGCUCAGUGUCGGCUCACAGUUUAGCGACGUCCGUGGCGGCCACACAGGUCUCAGCCGUUACCAGCGACUCGGCCGGCUCCUCGUACUCUAUCAGUGGCAUUCUGGGAAUCAGUUCAGCUGCUGAUGUGGGCAAGCGGAAGAGGGACGAAGGUUUGCAGGAGUCGCCGCUGGCCAACGGGCAUGGCCACAGUGGGCGGGACUUCCUCAGGAAGCAGAUGAGAGGGGAGCUGUUCUCACCGCAGCAGAUCGAGGUAUUGGACCGCCUGUUUGACAGACAGCCAUCCUGUCCAAGCCAAUCCAGCUCUGACCUCUAUGUGAGCCCUGACUCUGGCAAGACGUCAGAUUAUUCGGCCAUGGCCUCGCUAGCAGGCGGACUGGACGAGAUGAAGAACAGUUUGGCCAAUCCUGGUGCAGGGGCAGAGUUAGGAGCCAGUGUCUCCGGUCCACAGUCCUAUUCACUUGUUCCAGGUCGAGACAUAGCCAGCACCACUCUGCCAGGCUACCCCCCUCAUGUUCCUCCCACUGGACAGGGCAGCUACUCUACCCCGUCCCUCACUGGCAUGGUACCUGGUGGAGAUUUCUCUGGAAGUCCAUAUUCCCAUCCUCAGUAUUCCACAUACAAUGAAUCGUGGAGAUUUCCUAACCCCAGCUUAUUAGUGUUUCAGCAGGAUUAUGGGUCUCUCCUGGGGACGGAAAUAGGCUGCUCCUCCAGUCUCUUCACCAGCCAGGCAGGACAGAUGCAAGGGUCACCGUACUACUACAGUGCAACAUCACGGGGGACAGGCCCUGCAGCCACUGCGACAGCCUCGGCCUACGACCGUCACUGACCCGUCCAACUGAGAGAAAAGGAAGAUGAGAAGGGGAGGGAGGGAGGGAGGGAGGGAUGGAUGGAUGGAUGGAUGGAUAGCACCAUCACUGCUCAGUACAAGCCUGACUACGCACGAAUUUUGUAAAGUCAGUGAAAUUUGAAUUUCCUUUGAUUUACAAUUGCGCCAACAAAUGCACUGCUGGACUCCAACACAGACAUUGUAUUACAUUACUGUGACCAUCACUGGCAUGGCAGUGAUCUAACUGAUACGCGAUCAAAAGAUUUUUUAGGCAGGUCAAUUUGGACCCGACCACAACACAUGAAGACUUGGUAUCCCUGUUUUAGUCCCUAUUGUAAACAAUCAUCUUGAGAUCUGUAAAAACCUGUAUUGUGAUCUUCUGGGUAAAAUAUUGUGUGUAUUAUUGAAUGAACAAUUUUAACUAAUUAGAGCAAAAUCACCUUUUCAAACAGUGUUUCCGUGACCUGACAUCAAUCAAAUCAAUUUUCCAUGCCAUGCUAUGGUGAAGUAAAGACAAUCCAACCCUCAUUACUUUAAAUGACCAAAAUCACCCCCGUCAUUAUCACUCUAGUCUCUUUGCCGUAUAUACUCAAUACAUUUAUCUUGGGAUCACAAUGCACCAUUCAGUUUCACAAAUGUUUGCUGAGUCCCACCCGCCUUUGUUACUGUUAUUAGACUGUUGACACACCCAGUUUACAAUAAUGACAAAAUUCAGUGACCUACGAAACAAUGCAUCUCUGAUUUCAGACAGCAGUAGAAAAAAACAAUCAUUGGGAGAGUUUAUCUACUGUGGCCAGCAAGCUAAUAAGGCUAAUAUAUACUAUUUCCCAAAUAUCAAACAGUACGUUUCUAUCAAUGUUAUUAAAGAAAAGUCUUUUAGGAUGAGGACUAAGAUAUUUGGCAAAUGUGAUUCAGCCAUGCGUAACACUAGCUGAGGCUGCAAGAAUCAAAACUUUCCUUAAGUUCAAAAUGGAGCAUGACAGAGCUUCGAACUUUAUCUUUAACUGUGAUGUUGGUCAAUUCUUGUACUCGACCAGUUAGCCACACAUGCUGACAAUUACGGACAACCUAAGGGCAACUAAAAAACUUCUUAUCUAAUAUUUUACUUUGUGUUUUUGCCCCCCUCCACUGGUCUUUAGAUGCAGAGUAUCAGGUUUACUACGGCCCCCAUGUACAUGGAUUUAACAUGUGGAGAAAUCCAAGGCCUGACAGGUCUGCUGUGCGUGGUUCCGGUUGCUAAACUAUGCUGGUGUAUUUGACAUUGGAGGUGGGGUCUAGCAAACAGUCCAUUUCAGUGGUUGUAGACAGAUCCCAAAAGGGAAAACUGUGUCCUCACAUCCACACAAAGAGGUUUGAAUACCACCGACCAAUGGACAGGCGUCUAAGUAAAGCACAGCGUUGACUCUGAGCCCUCCACUGUAAAAAAAAAAAGAAGGAAAAAAAGUUGAACAUGUUCACAUCAGACCACAAUCCAAACAACCAGGUAGUCAUAUUGUACAGGAAGGUGCUAUCCAACCUCCCCAGCCGAGGUUUAGUCCUGAUCAAGAGCUAUUUAUAAAGGAGGAGACACAGAGUAAUAUAUUAAGUAGCUUUUCUGCGCUGCACUCCCCGAUGAGAGUGAAUGCCUGUAAUGAUUUAUAACAUGUGUCACACUGUUGUGCUAGAAUAGUGAUGAUGAUGACGACUAUGAUGAUGAUGACACGAUGCAGUGAAAUAUGAAAUCUUAAUAACUUUCAAUAUGAAAAUAGUCUUUGUUUAUAAAUGUGAUCUGAUUGCGAUUAUCCUGUUUAUAGUUUGUCGCCUGAUAUCAGUUGACGUCGGUGCCAUUUGAUAAGAUGCCAUUUUUUUUAUCUGCUUCCUGAAUAUUCAAAAGAAGAGCCAGGAAACAGUGGCACCCUCUCUCUCUCUCUCUCUCUCUCUAUCUUUCUCUCGCUCUCUUUCUAUUUCUCUCUUUAAACUCCCCAAAGAUGGGCCCCCCUAGUGGAUCGGCUGACUAACUACAAAAGCACAAAGAGACUCAAUCAUCAUUCAAGGCGCCAUUUAACUUUUCUUGACUUUCAUUUUAGAACCACGAAGAACUUCCCCUUCUCCUUUUCUUGAGUGCUUGUCCUUGUGCUGUUUGCCAUCCUGAAAUUGUUUCUAUAAAAGCAUUGCUUUCGUGAAAAAAAACAAGUGAAACUGUUUUCCUUUUUUUUUUUGGUUUCCCUCCUGCAUCAGUUCUGCGCUGUGACAAUGCAUGACACCAGGGUUGAGGCCUUACCCGCUCAACGUGCAGUGAGAGUAGGAGAGAUUUGCCCUUCGGCGCUGAUCUGAAACCAGUGCGUUUUCCCUCUCGAACCUUUGAGAGCCCACAAUGUUGAUCUUGUGUGAGGAGGGCAAUGUCUUGCUGAACCUGCACGCAGCUUCCUGUCUCACUUCUGUCAACACAAGAUUUGUACAGUGAUAAGUGAAAGAGAAGAGACGUCACAAUGUCAGGAGCAAUUUCAAUUUUUUCACAUUUGAUCUUUAGAUUUUAGCGACGAAACUUUAUUUUACGCAAAAAAGAUGAAGAGGUGUGUGGUGUUGUUUUAGCCAUCGUCUGCGAGUGUCUUUUGUUUCUUCGUUUGUUUUGGGUAUGUGUGACUGACCGUAGCGCUUCAUUGCUACUGUGUAGUUUUACUAGUGAACAAAUUGGAGGCACCAAAUCUGCAGCGUGAGACAUAAGAUAUAGCUAUAUAAACAUAUACCUAUGAACACGGAGCAAAACUGUUAGUUCCUCAGUCUUUCUUGUUUCUGAGUUUUGACAUAGUGGUAGGAUGGAUCCUUUUACGUUUGUAGACCUUAACAGUUGUGCAUACACAACUCUAAAGAAGAUUCUAAUGACGGCUCACCCGCUGGGCUGCCAGCAUGCACCGCAGCGGGAGCCUCUCCUCAUUUCUGUCUUUCUCUCUCGAUCUUUCUGAGGCAUUAUUGAACCUGAACCACACCAGCUGAAAACAAGGACAGUGCCUUUAGUUUUAUAUGUCGACAACCCCCCUGACUGACCACAAGUCACUAAAAGAUGAUUCAGCAUCCCUCCCCGCAAUUCCUUUAACGCAACUCUGUCUAUCUGCCACAGGGUCAUAACCCUUCCACAAAUACGUAGCAGAGAGUUAUUUCAAUGCCAAUAUCAGACAAUGAUUUUCGUAAUAUAAAUAACAUUGCAGCUGUGAUAUAAUGACCUAACCCUGACCUAGCGCCGUGCACCAUGCAUCACGGUCUUGCAUGUCUCCCAUCACAUGGACAUUUCACUCACAGAUCCUAUCAAAAUUUGUACUAUGGUUAAUGAUGAAAUUAAAAACUCGUUUUAAGUCAUCUUAGCCAUUUCUACCAGCAUUGAAUACCAUCCAACUGCUGUAAAAUAAAAAUAAAAAAAUGGUCAGCAUUUUCAUGUGCUAAUGUAUUUAGCAUUAAGCUCAAAGCACUGCUAGGGUGCUAGGCGGUUAAGUUCAGAUCGCAGAGCUGAAGACUGAGUCUUACAGCUAACUGUCAUCACCCCCCCAUCUGAAAUUUCGUUGAGGAAAUUUCGUACCAUCCAUUGAGUUAAAAUUUUCAAAUUUUUUCCUGUAUCGAUAAUGUGCAUGUCUGUGACUGAAAUGUCCACGUUUGGCAAGACAUCCGUGCAGGACCACGAUCCGUGGCAUAUAGCUUUGGGACGGGGGCUACACACCCUAACCCUGACGAGGAGUGAACACUGAUAAAAGGCACAAAAUAAACAACAAGGCCAAGAAUGCAACAGACAUAUUACAAGUCUGCUCAUUAAUAGUUUGUUUUUUCAAUCAACCAGAGCAUCUAAUAAGUGAAUUACACCCCACACAAGCACACACUCACACUACUGUAAACAUGACGAAAUAUUGAUUGAAAGCCGUUCUCCUUGAGGAGGUGAAUCCGGUCGUGCCUUGCGUGCCUGCUCACAGGAAGCAGCGACACCAAACAGGCCAAACCCGACGUCGGUUCUCCGGCGUAGCCAAGAAUCCAGAGAUACACUAACGGGAUUAAUGAUCAACUAUGCAUCUCAUGGUGACACAGCUUGCCUUGCCAUUGCUUUGACCUAACCGGUUCACAUGGGGGGAAAGAACAGGUUCUCAUUGGCCCGCAGGCGUUUCGAUCGGCGGCUGUGACAUUGACAGCUGCGAUGAGGGUGGGAACUGUCAUUGUGGGUGGUACAGUAGGAAGCAUGGUAGGAAGAGGCCACACACACACACACACACACACACACACACACACACACACACACACACACACACACACACACACACACACACACACACACACACACACACACACACACACACACACACACACACACACACACACACACACACACACACACACUCUGUCCCUCCCUUUGUCCUUUGCAGAGUGCUGGUGGUGAUCGCCCCUCCUCUCAUGCCCCAGUGUUCCCCAGGGGAGGCCAAACCUGCUGUGCCAUCACAGCUUUUUUUCUCCCCCUCCCUCAGCCCUAAUCUCAUCAUAUCUGCAAUCGUCUUCCCUUUUUCUCCCCUCCUCUACUCUCCUCCUGUAGCACUGCUACACCACCGGGGAAUUAGGAAUAUUAAAACUAUUCCUUUGAUUUCAGGCCUGUGACCUUCCUCAAAAAAAUCCUCCCUCUUUCUUCAGACAGCCGUAUUAUCAAUCCGUUUUCUCCCCCUUCGCUCUUACUUUUCUCUCCGACUAUUCAUACACGAUGCUCACUGUCCUGUCAGAAAUUCUGCAUAGGAAUGAAGCAGGGUGUUCUGUGCCAAAGCGAGGCCAUAUCUUUAUUUGGCCAAGAAUAUUCCGCGAGAUCACAUCACACAUUCUGUUUCCUAUCCUUGUGUAGCUGCAGAGCAUUUGAAAAACACAAAGAAACACUAGUUUCGGACAAACCGCCAGUUUACUGUCUGUGAAUUUUUUUCUUAUCCCAGCUCCAAGUCAAAUAGGAAACUGAAGUAAAUGCAAAUUAGUUUUUCUUUCUUUAUUAUGAUUUCUCAUCGAGUGCGCACCGCCUUACUGUAUCUCAAUAUGAAUCCAUGAAGAUGGCUACAGCCUUUGUAAAACCUGAGGGGAUUUCAGCAUCAUAUCUUGACAGCAAUUAGUGGCACAAUCUGUUUCAUGCUUGCUGAUAUAACUAGGCUCUGGACAGAUCUCAUACUGAAGUGUUACAAUGUUCUGUACAUCUUAAUAUUAUUCAACUGUGGAAGGGAGAAGUACACACGACUCAGCCUACAAAAAUCAACUGUGCUUUCUAAGCAGAUGUUUCAAUCACAAAAAAAAAGACAAAAAAAAUUGAACAUGAUUUUUCACCUUACUGUGGCCUUUCGUGUAACAAUCUGGAGUUUUUCGUGUCCAUGGCUUCCUAUCUGGGGUGUUAGAGAGAUAUUUAUAUCUGUGACGCUGUGAGGAAAAAAAUAUAUACAAACAAACAAAUGACAAAAAGAAACAUCAGAAUACAAGGACAGACGCAAACAUGAAAUUAGGAUUUCAACAGUUCAUCUUGCUCCUUUCUUCAAAAUCAAAAUACGACAAAAAAGAAGACAUAUCUGUAACAUUCACCAAAGCCUGUGAUGCCUGUUUUAAAUGAUAGAUUCUUGUACAAAAACAUAUGAAAUAUCAGAAAAGACUUAGAGAUACAAACACAAAAUCAAGAUAAGAAAUGCCUUCAAAUAUUCUGGAGGGGAGGAUUUAAAAAAAAAAAAAGUAAAAGAAAUGCUUCUUUAAGAAAAUGUGUAUGUUUUUUAUUCGAUUUUCUAGUAGUUGCAAACAAAAAACUUGGUGUUUUUUCUCUUUGUGUGUUUGUGUGUGUGUUGUCUUAAUAUUUGAAUGUAUUUUACUGCAGUGCAAAUUUGCCAAAGAUAUCAUAUUACUUGAUUUCUCUCCUUGAUUUUUUGUUUGUUUUUUGUUCCUCAAUUGUGACCAAUUUUGUUCAGAAAACUGGAAAUAAAUGGUGAAUUUGAUAUUAUGCUUUUUUUUUUAAGAUAUUUCUAUUAUUAAUUAUAAUGUUAUUUUAUUUCCUAGUUUUGGGUUUACUGUGAAAUAUUAAAUUGCAGUUUGCUUGAUGCAUCUCUUCAUACUCGGUCUGUGUACCUGUCCAUCCGUCCACCUGAGUGACUGUUGUUGGUGAAUUAUUCCAUUUAUGUACCUGUAAUGUGAAGCUAAGAAGUAAUUAUUUGUAAAUAUUUGCCAUAAUUUUAUUGGUCCUUCAGAAUAAAAAAAAAUAAUUUUUUGAAAGUUGAAA